UUGCUGAGUAAAACCUCCUUCCAGAUUUAAGUUCUGUUUUGGAUUAAGCAUGGCUUUUUCUUAACAAUUAAUUCAACGUUUAAAAUACAUGCCAUGAAUUGAUUGUCAUGCUUUAUAAGUUAAUUCGUGGCCCACCUCACACGAGGUGUCCUAGGGUCUAUUUUUCAACCAAAACUAAAAAGGGUUCUAAAUGGAACAGUGUAGUCGGUCUGGAAGUGCAUGCCCAGAUAAACACAAAGUCCAAACUAUUCUCCGGUGCUUCGACUUCUUUCGGCGGCCUGGUGAACAGCAGUGUCGCCCUUUUUGAUGCAGCGAUACCAGGCACUUUACCUGUGUUGAACAGAAGUUGCGUAGAGUCUGGGAUUUUAACCGCUCUCGCUUUGUCGUGCAGGGUCAACCAGGUGUCUACGUUUGACAGGAAGCAUUACUUUUAUUCGGAUCUGCCUGCAGGAUACCAGAUAACCCAACAGAGAGCACCUUUGGCAAACGAUGGGAAAAUUCAUUUUCAUAUUUUCACACCUGGGGUUCACAAAACGCCCUACGAUAGAUGGUCGAGAUUAAAACAAAUCCAGCUUGAGCAGGACAGCGGUAAAUCGUUGCACGAGGAAAUUAUAGAAUAUACUUUAGUUGAUUUAAACAGAGCAGGAAUUCCUUUGAUGGAAUUAGUUUUUGAGCCUGAUCUCUCGGACGGCGAAGAGGCUGCAGCUCUUGUAAAAGAACUUAUUCUUAUUUUAUCUAAAAUAAAUACUUGUUCUUGUAAAAUGGAAGAAGGUGCUCUUCGUGUCGAUGCUAACAUUUCUGUUAAUAAACAAGGCGAACCACUCGGAACAAGGACUGAAGUAAAAAACAUUUCAAGCAUAAGGGGCGUAGCGAAUGCUGUUAAUUUUGAAAUUAAAAGACAGAUAGAAAUAUUGGAAAAGGGAGGAGAAAUUGUAAAUGAAACAAGAGCGUGGGAUGCCAUUAAUGCCCAAACUUUACCAAUGAGAGAUAAAGAGGUCAAACAGGAUUAUAGGUUCAUGCCAGAACCAAAUCUCCCUCCUUUAAGAGUUAACACUUCGAAAGAAGAUUUCCCAGGCGUCAUAAGUGUUGAAAAGCUUCGCGAUUCUCUUCCAGAAUUGCCAGAAGAUACGAGGAAGAGGUUGGCAGUUGAUUUCGGCUUAUCUAGAGAUAUGAUUAUACAUUUAGUGGGAAAUGAUCAACUUUAUGAUGUAUUUUUACAACUCUUAAAAGAAAAUAAGGAAAGAGAUGUUAAAACAAUAGCUAAAUUUAUUACAAUUGAAUUGAUGAUGCAUGUCAAUAAAGAAACUAUUUCUCUCGAAGAUAUAAGUAAACUCAUCGGCCUUGGUUUAGGUGAGAUAAUAGAUUUGUUGCAGAAUGACCGUAUUAACUUAACAACCGCAAGAAAACUUUUGAGUGAAAUCAUAAAUGGAAAUCCGCAAACGCCUUUUGAGAUAGUAGAAAAGGAGAAUUUAUAUCAAAUCACCGAUGAACAGAUUCUGAGGGAAAUCUGCUUAGAAGCAAUGAAGAAUAAUCCGACUGCUGUUGAAAAGUAUCGGAAAGGCAAAGUCAGGGUCCUUUCUUUUCUUUUGGACUACAUAAGUGAACAAACGAACAAUCGUGCAAAAAUGAGUAAGGUGAUCGAACUGAUCAGAGAAAUGUUAAAUUCCAAAUAAUAUUUAUAAAAUGUUACUUUUAUCUUAAAUAAACGAUUUGAAUUUAUUUCAUA